GACAAGCAGCAAGGACGUUAUCUCAAUAACUCCAAUACUACCUUUCGCUCCCGACAAGUAGCAGUGUUAUGUCAGUAGUAUUUAUUGUGUAAGUUAAGAAUGAGUAGCCACGUGUCUAAAGUGUGUUCGUUGUACAAAAGGAUUCUUGUCCUGCACCGCCUGAUGCCGAUACAUUUAAGAGCGCUGGGCGACCAGUACGUGAAAGAAGAGUUCAGAAGACACAAGACUGCUUCGCCACAACAAGCACAAAAUUUCAUGACAGAGUGGCAGAACUACAAGGAGAUCCUGCAGUCGCAGAUCCUGGAAUCAUCUGGGGACAAACAGAGCUCAGCGAAGUUUGGGAUCCACAUGGCAGAGGAGAAACUAACUGACUUCCAAGAUGAACAGAUAGGCCAACUGUACGAGCUCCUGCUUGAAUCCACCAAACCUAAUAAGCAAUUUCACAUCCAGGAGGACAACAAAUGAACAAGCAUUCAUUGUGUACCAGCCAGGGCAAUGCUCCAUGCACUGCACAGCCCUGCAUUACAAUAAAAAACGUAGGAGCUAAGAGGGAUCCAAAGUGCCUUCGCCUUAAUCAGCGGCUCUCAAUUACUUUCUGGCAACCCCUCCAGAAAGGGUGGAUGGAUGAAGAAAUGAUGAACUUUUGGCUUACAAAGUGCUACACGAAGCAUCCUGAUUGCUUCUCUAAAACACGCAAAGCCCUGCUUGUGAUGGACAGUAUGCGAGCCCACAUAAUGCCACACCUAAAAGAUCAACUAGAAGCUUGCAACUUCCUAUCUGUCAUCAUCCCUGCAGGCUUAACUGAAGUACUAGCAUAUUUUUCAGUUUAUGUUGAAAAUUUACACCAAUAUUUUCCCUUGGUUAGCUUACAAUAUGUUCCACGUCUUGUUAUUACUUUGCAAGAGUGAGUCCAACUGUGUUCGUAACAUAUUUUUACCACAUUUUUACCGUCCUUGUUAGCAUGGAAACUGGAACCGGAAGUCAUUGUCCCCCAGCACCAUCCACUACCUCUGAUGUCAUCAACGGUUGACUCUGUAGUUCUUUGCUAACUAACACAGUUGCACCACAAGUCUGUUUUUCUUAUUGAUCACAGCUGCAAAAUAACCCAAAAGAACGUUGCAAGUGCCAACAUUUUGGUAAAGAAGGUGAACGCUAUUGAAUUCAAGAAAUAACUCCCGGCAAAACAGCAAGGUGGUGUCCGUGUGGCUCUCGCUGCGUCAUCGUCACCUGUCUUUUCCAAAUGUCACGUCUGCAAUGAAGGUAAACGUGACCUUAAAUGUUCAUAUAUCCCUUUCAGUCAUCAUUUAUUUGCAUUUCCAAUUGUUUUCUACACGUAAAACAAGUUAUAAAAUUAUAAAAAUGUGUUUUGUGUUAACAUUUUUACCUUUAUGGUACGGAUUAAUUGGAUUCAUAUUAUUUCUUAUUGAAAGUUUGAUUUGGUUAGAGUAUGUUUGGGUUUGUGACCAGUCCAGGAUGUACCCUGCCUCUCUCCCUAAGCCAGCUGGGAUAGGCUCCGGCAUACCUCCGAGGCCCAAGUGAGGAUAAGCAGCAUAAAAGAUAGAUGGAUGUUUCAGUUUGAGUCGGACCUUCUAAAUCACAAUAAUAACGUGAACCAAGGCUUCACUGUAUUUUCUUCUUCAUUAUGCAUUUUUUGACUGUUAUGACUUAUACUGCGGAGCCACUUAUCGUCCAGAAAAUACGGUAAAUGCAGUUUGUUUAUGUUGAAUGUCGGAGAGAAAUUAUUUAUCUUAUUUAAGUCAUACUUGACAUGCUUCAGUUCUGUUUGUCCACUUUUGCAGUGCUUCAAAGUAAAGUCUCUGAAAUGGAACUCAGCUGGAGUCUUUCUUGAGAAUAUUAAUGGAUUGGAUUGAUAUAGCGCUUUUCUAGACACCCAAAGCAGCCAUGAAUCAUCCCCUCCACAAACUGGUGGUGGUAACCACACCUGUAUCCACAGCUGCCUUGGGGUAGACUA